ACGCCGGGAGCCGCCGGGCCGGGCCGAGGUGGCAGCGGCGGCGGUGGAUCCCCGGCGGCGGCCGGCCCCACCUGAGGGCCCUCCGCCUGCAAACCCCACCCCCGGCCGCUCCCCCGCCGGCCAGGCCCGGCCCAUGGCGAGGCGCUCGGCGGGCUGCGGGGCGGCGCGGGGCGGCCGCUUCCUGCCCGCGCCAGACCGGCCCGCAGGUAGCGGCGGCCGCAGCUCGGCCCCGCCAUGCGCGACUACGAGGAGGUGACCGCCUUCCUGGGCGAGUGGGGCCGCUUCCAGCGCCUCGUCUUCUUCCUCCUCAGCGCCAGCAUCGUCCCCAACGGCUUCAACGGCCUCUCCAUCGUCUUCCUGGCCGGCACCCCCGAGCACCGGUGCGCCGUGCCCCGCGGGGCCAACCUGAGCGGCGAGUGGCGCAACGCCAGCAUCCCGCUGGAGCUGCGGGACGGGCGGGCGGCGCCGAGCCGCUGCCGCCGCUACCGCCUGGCCGCCCUCGCCAACUUCUCGGCGCUGGGGCUGCGGCCCGGCUCCGACGUGGAGCUGGGCUCGGUGGAGCUGGAGCCGUGCCUGGACGGCUGGGAGUACAGCCGCGAUGUCUACCGCUCCACCAUCGUCACCGAGUGGAAUCUCGUAUGUGACAACGACUGGAAGGGACCCCUGAGCACCUCCCUGUUCUUUGUGGGCGUCCUGUUUGGAUCUUUCAUAUCAGGACAGCUCUCAGACAAGUUUGGCAGGAAGAACGUGCUGUUCGCGACUCUGGCGAUGCAGACUGGCUUCAGCUUCAUACAGGUCUUCUCUACGAGCUGGGAGAUGUUUUCAGUGUUCUUUGUGCUGGUUGGCAUGGGACAGAUCUCGAACUACGUGGCAGCAUUUGUUCUCGGCACAGAAAUCCUUGGCAAGUCAAUCCGUGUGCUGUUCUGCACGCUAGGCGUUUGCAUAUUCUAUGCAUUUGGCUACAUGCUGCUGCCACUGUUCGCUUACUUCAUCAGAGACUGGCGGAUGCUGCUGCUGGCACUUACUUUACCCGGGCUGCUCUGCGUCCCGCUCUGGUGGGUCAUUCCAGAAUCUCCACGGUGGCUGAUCUCCCAGGGGAGAUUUCAGGAGGCAGAAGACAUCAUCCGAAAGGCUGCAAAAACUAACGGCAUUACAGCCCCAGAUGUAAUACUUGACCCUAAUGAGCUGCAAGAUCUGAAUUCCCAGAAGCAACAGACGUACACCAUUUUGGAUCUAAUGAAAACCCGAAAUAUCCUAACUAUCACAAUUAUGUCAGUGAUUCUUUGGAUGAUAAUCUCUGUUGGUUAUUUCGGACUUUCUCUCGACACACCUAACUUGCACGGAGACGUCUACGUGAACUGCUUCCUCUCGGCAGUGAUUGAAGUUCCAGCCUACAUUAUUUCCUGGUUGCUGCUUCGAAAUCUCCCUCGACGGUAUUCAAUGGCCGCUGCGUUAUUCUUGGGAGGCUGUGUUCUUCUCUUCAUUCAGCUGGUGCCUUCACAUAUUCGUGCGCUUUCUAUUCUACUGGUGAUGUUGGGGAAAUUUGGGAUCACAUCUGCCUUUUCAAUGGUUUAUGUUUACACGGCUGAGCUCUACCCAACAGUAGUGAGAAACAUGGGAGUGGGAGCAAGUUCCAUGGCCUCUAGGCUGGGCAGCAUCCUCUCGCCUUACUUUGUUUACCUCGGUGCCUAUGAUCGAUUCCUGCCUUACAUCCUCAUGGGGAGCCUGACUGUGUUAUCAGGAAUUCUGACUUUAUUUCUGCCAGAAAGCUAUGGUAUGCCUCUUCCGGACACAAUUGAGCAAAUGUUGGUGGUGAAAGGAUUAGAAUACAGGCCUGCGUCUAGUAGCACAAGGGAUUCCAAGGAGGAAGAAGAAAAUCCAGAGAUUUUUAAAAGCACAGCUUUUUGAUGGAACUCCUCCAUACUUCCCAGCGGACUGAAAGUUAAAUGGACUUCUCUUCUAAAAUUCAUUCUAGAAAGGGCUAGUGGCAACACUUGGUUUCCUGUAAUUUUAACCUUAUUUAUUAAUUUAAACACUGUGUUCCGUACAUUCUCUUUUUUUACGAGCAUAAAUGCUGUAUAGCCUUCACUGAGAUUUUUCAGCCACGCUUGGUUUAAUGCAUUAGUACCACGGAACAGUAUCUGAUCAAUCCUUUGUAACUUGUAGUGUAUAGUUUAGCUGAAAGAUACUUGAAAAUGAGUUCAAGGGCUGGCAGGGUACCUGGAUUCCUCAGUGAACCUUCUCCAGAGCUAAUGCACGUCAAGAAGUAAAACUUGCCAGAAAAACCUGCUAAUUGGUUUUGAUGCCUUGACUUCUGUCUCUGGACAGGAAACUUAUUUAUUAUAGCGAAGGUUAUGAGAACGUGUCUCUCUGCAGUCGUACUCAAAUGUCUUUGUACGUGCCGAAUUUGUUAGCAAGUUCAGAAAGAUGCAAAGAAAGAGUUUGAGAAUUAAUUCUAACUAGAUAACUUGUUUUAACUUGACUCAACAUAAAUGGAAAGGAUCGUCUUGCACAAAGUAUUUGUAGAACUGGAGUUUUGCUCACAAAAUUAACUCGAUUUCAGUGCCGGUUUUCAACCGUACCUGUGUGGCGAAGUUGUUUACAUCUGACCUCGGAUGUGGCCUGUUCCCGGGCCAUAUUUAUUUUAAAUGGUGCAAAAGGUUUCAUCUCUGUGUGGAGGGAACGGUGUUAGUUUGGGGUUCUUCCAUUUCGCUGUGUGUUGGAAACUUGAUGUCUGAACAGUUGUAACGUCUUCUGUGCGAUUUGGAUGAUGGAAACAAUUCUGUCUUCUGUGCUUUGCACACAAUUGAUAUAAUUAGAGCUAAAUUUUUAUGUUAAUCCAUGGCAGUGCAUUGACCUCGUGGUGGAAUGUGCUGAGAACAAAAUUCAGAAUACGUUUCUCAAGUGCCAACUGUACAAUUGCUGUGAGGGCUGUUAUUUCAUUUAACUCAUCUAAUCAGGGAAGUGUUUUCAAAUUGUCCUUAAAAAAAAAAACAAACCCAAAAACAAAAA